AAUCAUUAAUGCAUCGAAGUCCCAUCCCAUAACUUCCUAUCAUAAAAAAAAUGCCUUAAAAUUUAUGUAUAGAUAUGUUUGCGUUUCAAGACAUGCUCACCAACACACCAAGCCACCACUUUAGUAGACAAUAUUUUGGCUUGGUGCAAUCAGCCUCCUUAUCCUCUCUGCCAAUGAUCAUCAGUCAGCACAUUAAAUUAGCAAUGGUGUUUGAUAUUUUUAUUAUUUGAGAAGUGACUGCUCCUGUCCUGUCGGUAUUGGAAAGAGAUGUGGUUUUUGAGUAUUCUCCCAAUUUUGGUUAGCUAGUGGAGUCCCGUUGCUUCAAACCAAGACGUGCCGAAUAAGCUUCUGAAGAGAGGUUGAGAAGAUAUAACUAGAGUUGGAAGAAUAUAACAAGCUUAUGGAAUCCUGGGCUAAGUUUUUUGAAAAAGCUAAGCCAUUUUUGGCUGUGAUUUUUCUUCAGUUUGGGUAUGCAGGCUUGUCCAUAAUUUCAAAGUUUGCUCUAAAUAAAGGGAUGAGCCAACAUGUAUUGGUGGUCUAUAGGCAUGCUGUUGCCACCAUUGUAAUUUCUCCUUUUGCCAUUAUUUUUGAUAGGAAGGUAAGGCCAAAGAUGACCUUCUCCGUCUUUGCCAAGAUACUGUUACUAGGCUUGUUAGAGCCAACUAUUGACCAGAACUUGUUUUAUACUGGAAUGAAGUACACCACAGCAACUUUUGCUGCUACUAUGUGCAAUAUUGUUCCUGCUUUUGCAUUUCUCAUGGCUUGGGCCUUAAGGCUUGAGAAGGUUAAUUUGAGGAAAUUGCAUAGCCAGGCAAAGAUAUUAGGGACUCUGGUGACAGUGGGAGGAGCAAUGUUAAUGACUCUAAUUAAAUGGGCAAAGCUUGAUUUGCCAUGGACAAAAGGAUAUGAUCAUCAUGGAUCUACCAGUGUCCUGACCACACAUGAUGAUCCCAUUAAGGGUGCUUUUAUGAUUGGAGUAGGCUGCUUAUGCUGGUCUAGUUUCAUCAUCCUUCAGGCAAUAACUCUAAAAACAUACCCUGCGGAGCUCUCCCUAACAGUUUUGAUAUGCUUGGUGGGCACUAUUGAAGGCUCUAUAUUUGCUCUUAUAAUGGAAAAGGGAAAUCCCUCUGCUUGGUCUAUACACUUUGAUUCUAGGUUAUUAGCUGCUGUUUACGGUGGGGUAAUUUGCUCAGGAGUUGCAUAUUAUGUACAAGGACUGGCAAUGAAGAGCAAAGGUCCUGUUUUUGUGACUGCCUUCAGUCCUUUAAGCAUGGUUAUUGUUACGAUUUUGGGCUCCUUUGUCUUAUCAGAGAUAGUCUACUUAGGAAGGGUAAUCGGAGCAUCAGCCAUCGUCAUUGGGCUAUACCUAGUUUUGUGGGGUAAGAGCAAGGAUCAAUCUCCAUUAACUUCAACAAAUGAUAAGGUAGCUGCGACUGCUUCAGAAAUGGACACCAUAAAUGAGAGUCUUGAGACUUCAAAUCAAGAAUUCGUUGCCAUUGAUGUCAUCAAAGUGAAACCUACUGGUGAAUCUGCUUGAAGGAAUUUUUAUUCAGUUACAAAAGUAAUUAGCAAUAAUUGCAUGGAAUUAAUUAACCAACUUUCAUUCAGCUGGCCUUGUUUAUUAAUUUCUAAACGUGUUUUUGUCCUUUUUUUUUUAAAAAAAAAGAGAUCCAUUGAGAGUUUUAGCAAAGUGAGGAUGCUAAAAUUAGUCUCUACCUUUUUUGUAUUUUUUUUUCUUAUUUGCAGGUCGUAAUUGUAUUAAAAAGAGCGUUCAUCAAG